AAAGAAAAAAAACCCUUAUUUCCUUUCUUUCACUCUCUCCAUCCAACAGAUAUAUAAGAAUAAAUCCCUUUCUUCCUUCUCUUUGGAGAGACUAGAGAGCAGCUGCUGUGUGAAUCUUCUUCUUCUUCUUCUUAGAAAUCAAAUCACCAUGUCUGACCGAUUGACUCGUAUCGCCAUCGUCAGCGGCGACCGCUGCAAACCUAAAAAGUGCCGCCAGGAAUGCAAAAAGACUUGCCCCGUCGUCAAAACUGGGAAACUGUGUAUUGAGGUUACGGUAGCUGCAAAGAUUGCUUACAUCUCUGAGGAAUUGUGUAUUGGAUGUGGUAUCUGUGUCAAGAGAUGCCCAUUCGAAGCCAUUCAGAUUAUCAACUUGCCUAAAGAUUUGGAUAAGGAUACAACUCAUCGUUACGGUCCCAACACUUUCAAGCUGCACAGGUUACCAGUCCCAAGACCAGGACAAGUUCUAGGUUUGGUCGGAACUAAUGGAAUUGGAAAGUCUACGGCUCUCAAAGUCUUGGCUGGGAAGCUGAAGCCUAAUCUGGGUCGAUUCAAUAACCCACCUGAUUGGCAGGAAAUAUUGACAUACUUCAGAGGGUCUGAGCUUCAGAACUACUUCACCCGUAUCUUGGAAGAUAACUUGAAGGCGAUCAUCAAGCCUCAAUAUGUGGAUCACAUCCCAAAAGCAGUCCAAGGGAAUGUUGGGCAAGUACUGGAGCAGAAAGAUGAGAGAGGUGUGAAAGAGGAACUCUGUCGUGAUCUUGAGCUCAAUCAGGUUAUAGAGCGAAACGUGGGUGAUUUGUCAGGUGGAGAGCUGCAAAGAUUUGCUAUUGCUGUCGUUGCCAUACAGAAUGCAGAGAUUUAUAUGUUUGACGAGCCUUCCAGUUAUCUUGAUGUCAGACAGAGGCUUAAAGCUGCCCAAGUUAUCCGAUCAUUGCUCAGGCCAAACAGCUAUGUGAUUGUCGUGGAGCACGAUCUUAGUGUCUUAGAUUACCUGUCUGACUUCAUUUGCUGCCUAUAUGGGAAACCUGGAGCUUAUGGAGUUGUAACCCUUCCCUUUUCUGUUAGAGAAGGAAUUAAUAUUUUCUUGGCUGGAUUUGUCCCAACUGAGAAUCUAAGAUUCCGUGACGAAUCACUUACUUUCAAGGUUGCUGAGACACCACAGGAAAGUGCAGAAGAAAUUCAGUCAUACGCACGAUACAAGUACCCAACUAUGAGUAAAACUCAGGGAAAUUUCAAGCUUCGUGUUCUGGAGGGAGAAUUCACUGAUUCCCAAAUUAUUGUCAUGCUUGGUGAGAACGGGACAGGGAAGACAACAUUUAUCCGCAUGCUGGCUGGUCUCUUGAAGCCAGAUGAGGUGGAGAGCUCAGAUGCAGAAAUACCUGAAUUCAAUGUUUCUUACAAGCCCCAGAAGAUCAGUCCAAAGUUUCAAGCUUCUGUCAGGGCCUUGCUGCAUCAAAAGAUCCGUGAUUCAUACAUGCAUCCUCAGUUUGUGUCAGAUGUCAUGAAACCACUCCAGAUUGAACAAUUAAUGGAUCAGGAAGUUGUGAAUCUCUCAGGUGGUGAGCUGCAAAGAGUUGCAUUAUGUCUUUGCCUUGGAAAGCCUGCGGAUAUAUAUCUGAUAGAUGAGCCAAGUGCUUAUCUUGAUUCAGAGCAGCGUAUUGUUGCCUCAAAAGUCAUUAAGAGGUUUAUCCUCCAUGCGAAGAAGACUGCUUUUGUCGUUGAGCAUGAUUUUAUAAUGGCAACUUAUCUUGCUGACAGAGUGAUUGUGUACGAGGGACAACCAUCUAUCGACUGUACUGCCAAUGCUCCUCAGUCUUUGUUGACAGGGAUGAACCUUUUCCUAUCUCAAUUGGACAUUACAUUCAGACGGGACCCAACCAAUUUUAGGCCGCGUAUCAACAAGAUGAAUUCCACGAAAGACAGGGAACAGAAGAAUGCUGGGUCUUACUAUUACCUCGAUGACUAAAGCACCAUAUAUGCUACAAAGGCGUCUCUUCGGUGGUGUAAGAUUAAAAGAGCACCACUCUGUUGCAAUUGGGAAGGACCGCUAACUGGAUGUGCAUCUGUUGAGGAUGAGGUUUCUGGCUUAGGUAGGGUGGCCAGUUAUUGGAGAGGUCAUGUAUGUUGGAAGGACAAAGUAAAGUAGUGUCGCGUUACCCUAAUUUAAGUUGUGCACCCCCCUCGAAUCUGCUUCCUGGUUCAUUUUUUUUUGUUGCUUCCUUGGGGUGUAUGCGAGUAAAGCAGAUUAUAUUAGUACUACUGCAGUAUUUGAUGUUCUCUCAGAAUGAGCUUUUGAAGAUCAACGAGGGCAUGAGAACAGAGAGCAGUUUAAGCAACUGUACUUAAAAGGCCUAUCCCAUACUUUAUAUUUUUCUUUCUAUGAUGAUAUUUGACAAGAAUUUUGGUUGAGGGUAUUAGAUCUCUAUGUUUUAUUGACCUAGCUUUCUAAAGUCUUUUAGGUAGUUGGUCUCCUUCUCUUUAAUCAUAUUUUUCUGAGAUGUUUUUUUGUUCUUCGGCAUUUGUGGGUUUUGUUAAGAAGAGGUUUCUUUUGUCUGUCUGUUUCUUAUGAAAAUAUAUAAAGAGGAUUUCUCCU